UGUUUGUUGUACCUAGAGCGGAACUGCAGCAGAAGCAGAGUAGGAGGAUGGCGGCGGGAGUGGUGCGCCGCCGCCUCGCCCUCGCCGGCGCCGGCGCCCCUCCUCCUUCUCCUCCUCCCAUCUACCGCCAGACCGCCGCAGCCAUCCCCAUCCCCGAGCCGCAGGUGAAGGAGGACGGUGCUUUCCUCCCCUGGCUGCGGAGCAAGGCCGGGUCCGCCGUCUCCUCGGCGCUGCGCAUCGGGACCUCGCCGCUGGGAAGGUCCUUGUUCGCUUCGCAGCCGAUCCAGGAGGGGGACUGCAUACUGCAACUGCCUCACACCGCUCAGCUUACUCAAGACAAACUUCCGCAGGAGGUCCGCCUGCUGCUCGACGAUGUUGAUGAUGCUGUUGCCGGGGACGCGGCGGCCAAGGUAGCCGUGCUCCUCAUGAUGGAGCAGCGCCUGGGACAUGAAUCGGGGUGGGCGCCUUAUGUUACAUCCCUUCCGGCCAAGGGUCAGAUGCACAACAUGAUGUUCUGGGAUCUGGAUGAGCUUGAUAUGGUCCGACAUAGCCCGGUCUAUGAUGAAGCCAUCCAACAGAAGGAACGAACCAGGAAACAGUUUUCAGCAGCAAAACCAGCUCUUGAACGUUUUCCACAUUUCUUUGGAGAAAUCAAACUGGAGGACUUCAUGCAUGCUUCUGCAUUGGUUUCAUCUCGAGCUUGGCAGACUUCUAGAGGUGUAUCACUGGUUCCAUUUGCAGAUUUCCUUAACCAUGAUGGUGCUUCUGGUUCUAUAUUAGUGUAUGACGAAGAGAAAGAUGUUUCAGAGGUCAUUGCCAACAGGAAUUAUGCUGUUGGUGAACAGGUCAUGAUAAGAUAUGGGAAAUACUCGAAUGCCACACUAGCACUUAACUUUGGGUUUACACUUUCCAGAAACAUAUAUGACCAGGCACAUGUUUGGAUAGAUAUGUCAGAGCAAGAUCCACUUUAUGAAAAGAAGCUUGACAUAUGGCAAAAGCACCACCGUACUCCGAAAUCUCAACACAUGUGCAGCUCUGGCUGUACUAGAACUUCUUUUGCCAUUAAGGAAGUCAAAUACUAUGGAAACAAAGGGGUUGGGAUUCCACAGGCCUUGCGUGCAUUUGUCCGGGUUUUCUGUGCCACCUCAAUUGAAGAAUUGGAAGAGAUGGCCAUGGAGGCUGCUGAAAAUGACGGCCGGCUUGCGAGGCGUCCUCUGAAGCAUGCGGAGAGAGAAGUCCAUGCUCACCGCAAGUUGCUUAUGCACCUUGAAAGCAUGAUUCAGGGUCAUUCUACAGCUAUUGAGCAACUUGAAACCAUUGAUGGCGCUGCAUCUAGGAGCAUGCAUCCGUUGAGAAAAGAGAUGGCUAAAAAUUUACUUGCCGGCGAGGUACAGGUUUUGCAGAGUGCUUAUGCAUGGGUUGCAAACUACUGUAAGACUGUGGCAUGUACAUGAUCAUCCCAGCCUAAUUAUAGAUUUGAGGAGCAUGCAUGAGAGGGAGCGUAGGAUUGCCAGCCCUGUAUAGAUGCAUCUCGAGCACUUUUAUUGAUAUAUAGAUUUGAGGUGCUGCUAGAAAUAUUAGGCAUGUUUGUAACCUACAUGAUUUUUUGGAGGUUUUUGAAUGAAAUUUAUGCAUUUUCAA